AAAUCUAAAGUUAAAUCCUACUUGUUGCCAAACAGGCCUUAAACCAUCGCCGGCGAAAAUGCUUUUGGUUGGAGACGGCCGGCGAUCGGCGGAUAACGCCAAGUUUAAUUUCAAUGGUCGUUCGAAUCCGCCGUGGCCGUUCAUGCUCCUCGGUGGCAGCAGCAGCAAUCGAUUUUACUAAACCAGCUCUAAUAUUUCCUUCUGAAAGCUCCAACUUUAUCCAACUUAUUCAUUCCUGUAAAAAGAUCGAAUCUUUCCUUCAAAUCCACGCCCAACUCUUCACUCGAGGAAUCGAAUCCAAUGAUUCCUUCCGCACAUUGCUCGUGAAUUCCUAUUCAUUUUUCAGUAGACCUGAUUUCUCACUCUCCAUCUUCAAUUCCACCCCAAACCCAUCAAUCGUUCUAUGGAACUCCAUGAUCAGAGCUUACACGAAAAGCGGAGAGCAUAAAGAGGCAAUCCGACUCUAUCAUAUUAUGUUGCAGCGUGGCAUCGAACCUGAUAAGUAUACCUUCACGUUUGUGCUCAAAGCUUGCUCUGGAAGUCUUGAUUCGAGAACUGGCAUUUUGAUUCACGAAGAGAUCGCGAGGAGGAAGCUACAGGGGGAUGCCUAUAUCGGCACGACUUUAUUGGAUAUGUAUGGCAGGCUUGGGAUGGUGGGCGCCGCGUCUCAGGUGUUUGAUUCAAUGCCUGACUGCGAUGUUGUUUCACUGAACGCUAUGAUUUCUGGGUUCAACCAGAAUAAACAAUCGCAUCAAGCUUUGGCUCUUUUCAGGAAGAUGCUAUCUACCAGCAUAACGCCCAAUAAAAUUACAAUUUUGAAUUUGUUUCCUGCAGUAUGUGAGCUCUCCAACGCUUUGCUCUGCAGGUCUCUCCAUGGUUUCAUCGCAAGGAGAUUGUUUCUUCCUGCAGUUGCUAAUGGUCUUAUUGAUGCUUACUCGAAAUGUGGGUUGGUUGAGGCUGCUCGUCGGAUUUUUAAUGGGAUGUCCGAAAGCAGGGAUGAUGUUACUUGGGGGACGAUGAUUUCUGGUUUUUUCUACAAUGAUUUUUUUACAGAUGCUUUGGAUCUUUUUGAUGAAUUGCGAAGAGAGAAUAUGAAAUUAAAUCAGGUUUCUGUGCUAAGUGCUCUUUCUGCGGCUGCUGAAACUGGUAAUUUGGAAAAAGGGAUUGAAAUUCAUAUGCAUGCGGUUGACAAGGGAAUGGAUUUUGAUAUUUCAGUCAAUACAGUGCUAGUGACAAUGUAUGCCAAAUGCGGAGAAGUGGAAAAGGCAAAACAAUUGUUCUUCGAUGGAAUGCCAGAGAAGGAUAUUAUUGCCUGGUCUGCUAUGAUCUCAGCCUUUGCCCAAUCAGGUCAGCCAAAAGAAGCAGUAUCCAUUUUUAAAAAGAUGAAUUUGGAAGGCAUUACGCCUACUUCUAUAACUAUUGUGAGCAUACUUCCGGCUUGUGCGGACAUGUUAGAUCUGAAUGCGGGAAAGAGCAUUCACUGUAUUUCCUUGAAAUCUGGCAUCAACUUUGAUGGCUCUGUUGGUACUGCUUUUGUUGCAAUGUAUGCGCAAUGCGGCUCAUUCAUCUCUUCGCUUAAAUUGUUUGAUAGAUUGCAGAACAAAGAUAUUGUCACGUGGAAUGCACUCAUAAAUGGAUAUGCUCAGAUUGGGGAUGCUCGUAAUGCUGUGAAGUUGUUUCAUGAAUUACAUCUAAGUGGACUGCAACCAGACCGUGCAACCCUCGUAGGUCUGCUUUCAGUCUUCACAUUUCUAGAUAAAUUCCAUGAAGGAACAAGUGUUCAUGGGCUGACUAUAAAAAGAGGUCUUGGAUCAGACCUUCAUGUAAAGAAUGCCACCAUGGAUAUGUACGCCAAGUGUGGAGACCUUAAAGCAGCUGAAACUGUUUUCUUGGAGACAAAAUCUCAUGUGGAUGUGAUAGCAUGGAAUACGAUGAUUGCAGGAUAUGCGCACAAUGGCUUUGCAAAUGAAGCAAUAUCUGUUUUCUAUCAAAUGAGGUCUGAUAAUAUCAGGCCCAACCUAGUUACUCUUGUGAGCAUCAUCCCAACUGCGGGUUAUCUUUCUUCUUUAAGGGAUGGCUUAGCUCUGCAUUCGAUCUCCAUUCAGACUGGAUUUGAGUCUCAUGUUGUGGUUGGAAAUAGUUUAAUUGACAUGUAUUCAAAAUGCGGGCGAUUAGAUGUUGCUCGAGACCUGUUUGAUCAGAUGGAAUAUAGAGAUAUAGUAUCAUGGAAUGUGAUGCUUGGUGGAUACGCCAUGCAUGGGAUUGGUGAAAGUGUCAUCAACCUCUUUUCGCAAAUGAAAGGAAGUAGCGUCAGACCAGAUUCUGUUUCAUUGGUUAGUGUUUUGUCUGCUUGCAGGCAUGUAGGUUUGGUUGACGUUGGAAGAAAAAUUUUCAAAUCUAUGCGCUCUGAGCUCGACUUGGAACCUAACAAGAAACACUAUGCUUGCAUGGUUGAUUUGUUGGGCCGUGCUGGUCAAUUUGAUGAGGCAUGGGAGUUGCUUAAAGCUAUGGGAGAAGAGACUGACUCUAGUAUUUGGGGAGCUUUACUUGGCGCUGCCAAAAUGCAUUGUCAUGUGAAGAUGGGAGAGUUGGCAGUAGAACACUUGUUGAAACUGGAGCCUCAAAACCCAUCUCAUUAUGUGAUUCUUGCAAAUAUUUAUGCAGACUCAGGAAGGUGGGCUGAUGCUGAAAGGAUAAGAGCGGCAAUGAGAAACAUGGGAGUAAGCACAAGUCCUGGAUGCAGCUGGCUUCAGAUCUCAGAAAAAAACAUCCUUUACACAGACUGAUGGGUGGCCUCAUCAAUCCCAAGCAAAAUGGAAUGGUUUGGAAUGCACCUCAAAGGGAGAGUAGGAAUGUUGUAGAAAUUUAUACAUAGAUACUAAUUAAGUUUUAAGAAAAUCUAAUGAUUGGUGCAUUUAUUCAAAAAA